CCGCGCUCGCUGCAGAACGGACAAUGGCGAAAGUCUACUGUCUCAAUGCCGUGUGUCGAAGUUGGUACUGUCGGCAGCGGUACCGUCCUCGCCCCUCAGCAAGCCGUCCUCAAGGGCGCUCAUCAAGCGAACCCUGGCCAAAGCGCCUGACAGCUCAAACCCUAACCAGACCGCGGGUGACACCCUGCAGGACGGCGGUUUUCUUCUCAGUAACCUCGGACUGGCCGUGACCUGCUCUGAGCCUGCAUCGCUGCUCGCGCUGAGCGUUAAUGCAUCUCAUUGCAGCCUCUUCCUACAUCUUUCACAGAAAGAAAACUAUUCUGGUUCCCUGUCCGCGAUAUUCCUGGCCAAAUCUCGGCUGGUCUGAAAUCGUCUCGUUGCCGGCCGUUAUGCCGCAUAAACACGCGAACCAGUCUACUACUCCCCCUCCCAUCGACUUCAUCGUCUCAUGGACGCAUCACUGUACAAGGACCUUGUCAUUUCUCGCGGCCUGGGACAUCGCUACUGCAUCUCCCCUCCCCAGUCCUCCAAGCCGAUCCUGCUAUUCUGCCGUGGCUUCCCAUCCACGUCUCACGACUGGCGACACAUCGUGCCUCGCUCGAACGACAAGGACUACGGCGUGCUUGCCUUAGACAUGCUCAGGUAUGGCGGGACCGACAAGCCUACCGACCCGGCGGCGUACCUCCCGAGCCUGAUAUCGAAAGAUAUCGGCGAUGUUUUGGAUGCCCAGAAGUGUGAGAAGGUUAUCGCCGUCGGCCAUGACUGGUGAGCUCAGC